AUGGAUGACGGUACAGUAAAUAUCCAGUCUGGAAUUAACAUCAACAUAAAAAGAACAGAUGGCCGUAUUCACACGGCGAUCGUGUCCGGGGUGAACCUGGAGACACGGUCGGUGACUGUGGAGUGGUACGAGCGCGGCGAGACGAAAGGCAAGGAAGUGGAGAUCGAUGCUAUCCUCGCGCUCAACCCAGUGCUCGCCGGUGUGCGGCAACAAAGUCCGCCCUUGCAGUCCAUGCCUAACAGGCUGGCCAGGGAUAUGACGCGGCAGUCCAUACCGGUUGCGACAAAAGCGCCGUCGCGUGUGACGCGCAACAACCAGAUGCGAGUGUCGAAUGCGACUGGCAGCGGCUACACGAACGGGCACGGCGGCGACACGACCGGGCGGCGCGGCACAGAGAACGUACCGCCGCCUCAGCCGCAACCACAGCCGCAGCCUGCCUCCAACUCGCGGGUCACACAGCAGUUCGGCGGCGGAGUGGGGGCAGUGGGCGGCGUGGGCGUGGUGACGCGCACGGCAGCCACGGCGAGCGCAGCGUCCGUGCCGCACGCCGUGGCGUCGGGCGCCGUGCGCAGGUCCAAUGUCGUCAAGGAGGUGGAGCGCCUCAAAGAGAACCGCGAGAAGCGCCGUCAGCGGCAGGCUGAGCUCAAAGAGGAGAAGGAGGCGCUGAUGAACAUGGACCCGGGCAACCCGAAUUGGGAGUUCCUGGCGAUGAUCCGCGAGUACCAGAACAGCAUCGAGUUUCGGCCGCUGGUGGGCACAGAGCCGGUGGAGGACCACCAGAUCACCGUCUGCGUGCGCAAGCGUCCGCUUAACAAGAAGGAAAUCGCCAAGAAGGAGGUGGACGUGAUCAGUGUUCCAACAAAGGACCAGAUGAUAGUUCACGAGCCUAAAAACAAAGUGGACCUAACGAAAUACCUCGAGAAUCAAAAAUUCCGUUUCGACUAUGCCUUCGACGACUCGUGCACGAAUGAAGUUGUUUAUAAGUACACGGCCAAGCCGCUGGUGCAGACGAUCUUCGAGGGCGGCAUGGCCACGUGCUUCGCGUAUGGACAGACCGGUUCCGGCAAGACGCACACCAUGGGCGGAGACUUCCAGGGCAAGACUCAAGACUGCAAAAAAGGCAUUUACGCAAUGGCGGCGCGGGACGUGUUCACGUACCUCAAGUCGCCCAAGUACAAGCCGCUCAACCUCAUCGUGUCCGCGUCCUUCUUCGAGAUCUAUUCCGGGAAGGUGUUCGACUUGUUGGCGGACAAGGCGAAGUUACGCGUACUGGAGGACGGCAAACAGCAAGUGCAGAUCGUGGGGCUAACGGAGAAGGUGGUCGACAACGUGGACGAGGUGCUGCGUCUUAUACAGCACGGCAACGCGGCGCGCACUUCUGGACAGACAUCGGCCAACUCGAACUCGUCGCGGUCGCACGCUGUGUUCCAAAUCGUGGUGCGGUCGCCGGGCAUGCACCGCGUGCACGGCAAGUUCUCGCUCAUCGACUUGGCGGGCAACGAGCGCGGCGCCGACACCUCCUCCGCCAACCGCCAGACCCGCAUGGAGAGUGCGGAGAUCAACAAGUCGCUGCUGGCGCUGAAGGAGUGCAUCCGCGCCCUGGGUAUGAAGGGCAACAACCACCUGCCGUUCCGCGUGUCCAAGCUGACGCAGGUGCUGCGCGACAGCUUCAUCGGCGACAAGUCGCGCACCUGCAUGAUCGCCAUGAUCUCGCCCGCCAUGUCCUCCUGCGAGCAUUCGCUCAACACGCUGCGAUACGCCGACAGGGUAAAGGAGCUGGGCACAUCUGAAGGCAGCCGUGGUCGAGGCGAGUCACCGCCCGCCGACCGCGACCUCGACGUGGACAUGGAGCCGCCUGGACACGAGCUGGCGCACCUGCGCUCGCUUAACGAGGGCGACAUGUCGGCAGAGAUGUACACCUUCCACGAGGCGAUCGACGAACUGCAACGUACAGAGGAGGAAGUGCUGGACAACCACAAGGCGGUGUGCGACUACAUGCAGCACAUGCUCCAGCGCAGCACUCAACUAUUUGCCGUCACACGCGACGUCGACUACGACCAGGACUCGUACGCGGCGCAGUGGGAGGAGCUGCUGAACGAGCACCUGGCCGUGCUGGCGCAGUCGCGCGACCUGGUGGUCGAGUUCCGCUCCAAGAUGCGGCACGAGGAGCACGUGUCGCGCCGCAUGCAGCCGCACUAG